UCGAAAAACAUUCAGCAAAAGACAUGUCAAAUAAAAUAAGCGAAUAUUUUGCAAACGAUCCGCCCAGUUUUUUCGAUGAGCUGGCCAAUAAAUCCAAGUCCAAGGACGCGUCAGCAGAAGUCACUUCCACAGGCAACAGCAACACCAGUUCCAGCAGCAACAUGUUGUCCAACACCUUCACCGGAGUUUUCCAGCCACCCGAAUAUGUUGAGACACCUGAGGCGGCAGAGGACUCCAUAAAGGUCAGUGACGAGGUGCGAAACCUGUGGGAGCUGCCACGGGAAAACGAGACGGUCAAACUGAUAAUGCCCGGAAUUCACCUGCAAAAUGAUUUGACCGAUCCUAUCAGCGUGGCAGUGGCCCAGCACCUGGGAGAAGCCGAGUUGUCCUAUCGUAAAAUCCUCCGCGUCGAUGAUGUCACACAGGAUGAGCGCGGAUUGAGAACCUUAAUCCAUGCCGGUUGCUAUCGUACGGCUGUGAAUCUAACUGGCCGCCUCCUGACCAUUUACGGCCAGGGAUAUGGAAGAUCUGGUCAGCCGGCCAAGCAUUCGCCGCACUCCCUGCAACUGUGGUUCACCCGACUAGCCCUCCUCGCCAAACUAGGCGAGUUCGAGCUUUUGAACGCCGAGGCGGAACCUUUUGGCCAGCUCAGCAGUCCCGAUGUCUUCUACGACUUCUAUCCGGAGAUGUACAACGGCAAGAGCGGUUCCAUAGCAUGCUUUUCGUUCAGACUUUUGCUCGCAGAGUUGCCCAUUUACCUGGGCAAACCGCACAUCGCCUUGGACAGACUCUCAGAACUUCAUGUGACCAGUCGGGAGAUCAAGGAACACUAUGCAAAUCUGCGCAACAAGCAGGCUGAAGAGUUUUGGCAAAGGCGAUGCGAAAGGGUCCUGCACUCAAUUAUCAACUGUGGAUUAAUGAUGAAGAAAUUCAGUAUGAUAGACGACAUAAUGGAGGGAACUCUUCUUAAGCGGGGAAACCUUAGCAAGGAGGAGCAGCGUUUCUUGUAUUCCGCCUGGGGACGCAUUUAUCUCCAAAUCGGUGAUAUUUUUGGAGCAGAACAAAAGUUUGCCGUCUCAAGAAGAUUAAGAGAAAUAAACUCCUCUCCAGAUCUAAGAGACCUGGUGGACAAAGGACUAAUAGCUGUGGCCAAAAAUGAUUUUCCCGAGGCUUAUGUGAUAUUUCAGAAAGCUCUGCACUUGGAUACCGGCAAUACAAUGAUUCUGAACAACAUGGGAGUGUGCCUUUUAUAUGCCGGAAAGCUCAAGGAUGCUAUAAACCUUUACGAACGGGCUAUUAACCUGAAUCCCCAGAAAUCCCUGAACGAGAGUUUGCUGGUCAAUCUUUCGACUUUAUACGAGUUGGAAUCGAACAACUCCAAGGCGAAAAAGUUCAACUUGCUGCGGCUUAUUAACCGUUACAAACCAGAUCUCAACAUAAGCAUAGAAAUUUGUCUAAAACUGCAGGCGAUAAACUAAAAAUAAAUUAUUGUUAAACAUUCCAAA